UUAAACAAUGUAUAUAACUCAUCCCCAUCUAAGGAGGACAAGUCCAGCGACCAGGGCCGCCCACCCUGGGGCCGCGAUUGUCCGGGAGACCGAAAGGCGGCGCAAGCCCUGAAGGCCCCGCCUCGGGUCUGGAACCCGUCCAGAUCCACAGACGCCUGCGCGGAGGGAGGGGAAUCUCUAAUCUGAUGAUUAGCAAGCGGCCUUAGGGAGCCCCUCUGCCAGCCUCUGAGCAGCUUCUGGGCUGAGCCGACCCGGAGGAACCGGCACCGCUGGCGCAUGGCCCAGGGCUCCGCUGUACGCCUGAGGGACGUGCUGAGGCUACUGCUCUGGUGCGGGGCGCUGCGGGCGGCAGGUUCUCUGAAAGUGGAGGUGCCAGGAAGGCCACUGACGGUACGCCUAAACGACAAUGUCACCAUCCCCUGCAAAGUCCAUGACUUCCCAAUGCUGGACCUCAGUUGUAUGGGCAUUAGGUGGUAUUGGAAGGAUCCGGCGUCUGAAGCAGAGGACACGGUGUUGGAGUUAUAUGGCGAUAAUGAAAAGGUUACCCGAACUGGGGCCAAAGUGUCUCUGGAUUGGCCGAAGUCAGGUGACGCCUCAUUGCAUCUGCCUGGGGUCCAGGUGGGGGAUGCAGGAAUGUACCGGUGCCAGGUGGUGGUGCCCCCUCAGAUGGAAGAAGGAGUGGCCUCUCUGGAAGUUACAGCUGAGCCGGCCAGCACGGUGUUUCUGGAGCAAAGCAUGGAGAGAAGUAACGAAAUUGAUGGCAGUUAUCUUGUGUGUCAUGCCAGUGGGUUCUACCCAGAAGCCAUUAACAUAACAUGGCAGAAGUGGACCCAGAAUGUUUCGCAGUACCAAAGGAUUUCCACAGACAUCUGGAAUGAUCCCAUCAUCAAGAAUGAGGGUGGCACAUUUAACAUCACCAGCUACUUGAAAAUCAGUCCCUCUCUGGAAGACAGUGUGACCAUCUACCAGUGUGUGGUGUGGCACUGCUCCUUGAACACCUCCCAGAGGCUGAACUUCACACUGCCUGUGAGAGAAACUAAAGAGAGAGAUCUCAUCUGGAUCCUUGUUUCUAUUGUUGGACUGAUUUUAAUAGUGGUUAUUUCCGUUUGUAUUUGGAGAAGGUGCAGGUCUUGUAAACACCCAGCAGUGACACUGAAGAAGGAACCACAGCCAAAUCAAGUGUGGCAAUUUACAGAGAUAACUCUAAUCUUUCACUCCUAGUUUGCCCAGAUGACUCCAGUCCGUCACACACGUCUAUGUCCUUACCUGUUGCGGCAUAGCUUUACAGUGCCCUCCAGCACACUCCCUGGUCAUUGGGCUCAAACAUGUGCCUUGCUUUAGUCAACACAAGAAAGUGACUACAGGCCAGUUCUCAGUGUGGCCCUAGAGGGGCCUUUUUGUGUCUUCCUUUGCUGUCUUUGGUGCCUCUGACGCAAGAAGGAUGAAUCCAGGGUGACCUGCUGGAGGAUGAGCCAUACAGGAAGCCGAGUCCCGUCAUCCUAGGUGAAGUGACAGCAUUCAUCUCCACUCAGGCUGAUCUACCUCUGGUCAGCAGUGCUGACAGAGCCAACUCUAAGGACAAGAGAAAUUUUUAAAAAUUUAUUUUAAAGUGAAAAAAAAAUUUUCAACAUCAGGUAUUAGAAUAACAGUGG